UAAGCAAAAGUCGGUCGCUCCUAUGUAGAGUACAAUUUAGUACUUCUAUGGAAAGCGACAGUGACUUGCAGUUAUGUAUUUGACUUCAAAUCACAUUUUGGCGAUGAUGGCAAAAUCCCAAGACCUGCAAGUAGGUCAAGUGAGGUAUCACAAAAUGCUUCUAUGCCAAGUGAUCAUCAUUUUGCCCCUUACCGCUUAUACAUUCCCUUUCAUCAAUAUCCAGUUGUGCUAAUCUAAUGAGUCUUGGGAGGUAUGAGAUUGUUGGAUCUGACAAUACUUGCACCAACGUUCAUCUUUCAGUCUAGAGGACCCUUCUCCACAAUUGUGAUGGGGCGACAGUUAGACUUUGGACCUCAAUUGGGAUUAGUUGAUUGUCAAAAAUCCUUGAGUACCGCCGAUAACCCACUAAAAUAUGCACGUACCAUGGCGGGGUAUUGACGACACCCCACCA